GGGGCUAAAAUGAACAAGUAACAUCAACAGGAUAAAGAAAAAAGAAAGACUAUUGGCUGACAAAAGGAUCUGGCUCCUCUUUUCGAUGCCUAUUGAAUAAGACAACUCUCCAUAUCCGCUGAUUAAAUUCUCAGAUCAACUCCGGCGAACGGGAACAGUAAUUGGCCGAAAAUAUUCUCUGAAAUUUUGGCGGGAAAAUGUCUGGGAAAGGAGCAAAAGGUUUGCUAACGGGGAAAACAAACGUAUUAUCCAACAAGGACAAAGACAAGAAGAAGCCAACCACUCGCUCUUCACGCGCCGGUCUCCAGUUUCCGGUGGGUCGAGUUCACCGGCUUCUGAAGACGAGAGUUGCUGCUAACGGAAGAGUUGGAGCAACGGCAGCUGUUUACACGGCGGCUAUACUAGAGUAUCUGACGGCGGAGGUGCUUGAGUUAGCCGGUAACGCAAGCAAGGAUUUGAAAGUGAAACGUAUAACACCAAGACAUUUACAGCUUGCGAUAAGAGGAGAUGAAGAACUUGACACACUUAUAAAAGGAACGAUUGCUGGUGGUGGAGUUAUUCCUCACAUUCACAAGUCACUCAUCAACAAAUCUUCCAAAGAGUAAAAAACUAAAACAAUAUAUCAUAUAGUUAAUAGCUUGAAAACUUGGAAAUUCUAUCUAUCUCUUGUGUUUGUGGUGAUUUGGAAUUUUUACAUGUUUAGUCCUUGUGGUUGGAAAGUUGUUUUUUAAGGUCGGCAAUUUCUUUACCUUGAUGCUGGAAGGAUAGAAGGG